AUGCCUCUCAUCCUGAUAUCAGGAUACCCCAAGGCGGGCAAGUCAACACGCGCCGUCCAGCUAAAGGAACAUUUUGAGUCCAAGAUCGCCAGUUCGACGGCCGAUGCACGCGUCAAUCGCCUCAAAGUUCAUCUGAUCAACGAUCAAACACUCGGCGUUGCGCGUACGGUAUACCACACUGCGAAAGCCGAAAAGGAUGCUCGCGCGGAAGAAUAUUCUGCCGUCAAGAGGGUCUUGUCGCGCGACGACAUUGUUAUCGCAGAUGGCCUCAACUACAUCAAGGGCUUUCGAUACCAACUAUACUGCGAGGCCAAGGCACUGCAGACGCCAAGCUGCGUGUUGCACGUAGGCACACAGCCCGAUCGAUGUCGCGAAUACAACAACAAGGACAGGGAAAAGGGUGAAGCGUACGAGGAUGAGGAUUUUGAGAAUCUCAUCUUCCGCUAUGAAGAGCCCAAUGGCAUGACAAGAUGGGACAGUCCUCUCUUCAUCGUGGUCGAGGAAGAUCCUGCCCCACCGUGCGAUCAGAUAUGGGACGCUUUGAUAGGAAGCGACGGUAAAGGCAAGGUUGUCAAAGCAAAUCUGGCAACAGUCUUGAAGCCUGCGACGGAGCAAAAUUACCUCUACGAAUUGGACAAGACGACGUCCGACAUCCUUGCACAAAUCAUGACAUACCAAAAAGAUCAUGCAGGAGAAGGAGGUGGACAGAUUACAGUCGAGGGCGUUGAGAAGCCCAUCGAGCUGCCCGCAACACCAAUGACCCUACCCCAACUCCAGCGCACACGCCGCCAAUUCAUCGCCCUAAACCGUCAACACAGCUUUUCAAAGGCAAGGAUCAAGGAAGUAUUUGUCGACUACCUCAAUGCAGAGUUCUUACGCUAG